AUGGCAAGCUCUUCGCAACUGUCGACCGUCGUUCCCAGACUCUGGUACACCACUAUGGAGUCUCGGUUUGAUGCGGACGACGCCGAGGCUCUGAGAAAUAUUUUUGAACUCCCUCCCGAGUACGAGAUCUUCUACCUUCUCCAUCCGAUUGGCCCAAAAAUCCCUCGACCGACACCAUCUGUCUGUUCAGAGACCAUUUUGUCGCCAGUCUGUGAUUCCCCAUCCAUUCUUUCAUUAUCGCCUGUUAAAGACCUUGAGAAAUUAGGCCCAAAGAAAGGUAUCAUAAGUCAACCAGUGGAGGAUAUUUUGCAAAAUUUAGUGGAUAAUGAUCUUGCUAUUAGGAAAAAAUUGCAAAAGAGACAUCCAAUCAAUUCACCACCUUUGAGGUCAUCGCUGCAAUUAUAUGGAAAUGUCGAACACGGGCAAUCAGUGCCAUUGGAGAUGUGCAGCCUCACCUUUGCUGCUGAUAUUCGUCAUGUAUUGUUCCAACUGCCAAAGGCCGGCUAUUAUGGAAAUUGUGUCUAUCUCUUAUCUAUCACAGCAACCGGUGAGCAAAUCAUGAAGGCAUCACUUGCGGAAUUGGCGAGGUUCAUUAGAGAUGCUAAAGAAAGUUUACCAACAAAGUUUAAGGAAUGGGCUUCAGGCAACUUCAAGCAAGAUCCAUAUAAGAUUUCAAUUAGCUACAAUAAUUUGACUUUGUCAGAUUGGAGAUGGAUAGAGUUUUAUGAAACAGACUAUGGAUGGGGAAUACCCAACUCUAUUUCCCCUAAAACACAUGACUUUUCCUUCACUUAUGGCAUCCUUCUAAAGCAGCCUUUGCCUAAGGACGGUGUGCGUUUGGAAGGACAAGUAGUCAUGAAGGAGCAUGAGCAAAGGUUUAUUGAUGAAAUCAACAAAUGCAUAAAUGAGUAG